AUUAGAGAGUACCCGGGCGACACACCUCUUUGCAAGUACAGCUCAUCCAAUUGUUAGGUUCCCUCCCAUUUCUCUGCACCCAACAGAGAAUUUCUAGAGGCCCUCCCCUCUUAAGGCACUGGAGUAUCCUCAGAAGCAGGAAAGCACCUGCCCCAACUGCGAAUUGGCAGUUGACACCUGUGCAGGUAUGAGCACCAAGAAAGUAGCUCUCAUCACUGGCAUUACUGGCCAGGAUGGCUCAUACUUGGCAGAGUUCCUGCUGGAAAAGGGCUAUGAGGUACAUGGAAUUGUUCGCAGAUCUAGCUCUUUUAACACAGGACGAAUUGAACAUCUCUACAAGAACCCGCAGGCUCACAUAGAAGGAAGUAAGUAUGCAUCGAAAGAUAUGAAACUACAUUAUGGUGAUUUGACAGAUAGUACUUGCUUGGUGAAAAUAAUCAACGAAGUUAAGCCCUCUGAAAUUUACAACCUUGGAGCACAGAGUCAUGUUAAAAUAUCAUUUGAUUUAGCAGAAUAUACAGCAGAUGUUGAUGGAAUUGGCACUUUACGAUUACUAGAUGCUAUCAAGACAUGUGGUCUCAUAAACUCUGUAAAAUUCUAUCAAGCCUCAACAAGUGAACUUUAUGGAAAAGUGCAAGAAAUACCUCAAAAGGAAACUACUCCAUUUUAUCCCAGAUCUCCAUAUGGGGCAGCCAAACUCUAUGCAUAUUGGAUUGUGGUAAAUUUCAGGGAGGCCUAUAAUCUCUUUGCUGUGAAUGGUAUUCUUUUCAACCAUGAGAGUCCCAGGAGAGGAGCCAAUUUUGUAACUCGAAAGAUAAGUCGUUCGGUUGCUAAGAUUCAUCUGGGACAAUUGGAAUGCUUCAGUUUGGGAAAUUUAGACGCCAAGAGAGACUGGGGUCAUGCCAAGGACUAUGUUGAGGCAAUGUGGCUAAUGUUGCAGAUGGAUGAACCACAGGAUUUUGUAAUAGCUACUGGUGAGGUCCACAGUGUCCGUGAAUUUGUGGAGAAGGCAUUUCAGAACAUUGGUAAAACUAUUGUGUGGGAAGGAAAGGAUGAGAACGAAAUGGGCCGAUGCAAAGAAACAGGCAAGAUUCACGUGACAGUUAAUCAUAAAUACUACAGACCAACCGAAGUAGAUUUUCUACAAGGCGAUUGUACCAAAGCAAAGCAGAAACUCAAUUGGAAACCCAGUGUCACUUUUGACGAGCUGGUGAACGAGAUGGUGAAAGCAGAUGUGGAGCUGAUGAGAAACAACCCCAAUGCUUGAAUCUGCCCCUCUUUCUCUACCUGCCCCGGGAUGAAGCCUAAUGAUGAAUCAUCCAGAAGACGUUGGUGGGGCUGGAGAUGCUAAGCUUCAGUGGUGUUAGAUGAUUUGUUGCUGCCAUUUUAUUUCCCUUUGCUUUCCACAAUGGAUCCCUUUUUCUUUCUCUUUCUCUUUUUUCUUUUUCCCAAAUUGGAAUCCUGAAAAUCAUGCUUUUUUUUUUUAAUGUUCCUUUCUGAGGGGGAGAUUGAAGCAGGGAGGACAAUUUGCAGCAUCUAAUCAGAAUUGAUCUUGUAAUUUCAGAACAUUUUCUUUUGAUAGUAAAAAAAAUUAUUUCCACAAACGCUUUCUCCAUUUUGAAUGGGAAGUAUAAAUGCUGUGUAUUUUUUCCCCAAAGUCUUUUACAGAUACAGCCUAAAAAA